CAUUCAGCUCUCUCUUUUGUUUUGCUGCAGUUUCUUGACUCUCCUGGGCCUGUUGUUCAGAAACAGCCCUGACAAUUACAUCCCACUUCAGUGCUCUCAGUGCCCUGGCAAGACUUGGAAGGCCCUCAGGCAUCUGGCCAUGCCUGCUGAACUUGGUGUACUUGUUUAUUUGCCUUUCAUUCAUUCUGUAAAGGCUGAGAGCAAGGAUUUCUGUAGGCUUAGGGGUGGCGGUUGGGAGAGAUACAUCAGGCAUAUUAGAUGGACACUGCCCUAGCAAGAGAGCAGUGACUGUAUUUCUACCAGGAGAGAAUAGUCAUAAGAGGAUGCAGGUGUUUAGAGAAGGGAGACGCUCUUUUCCACUUGAGUUAUUGGAUUAGGCCUCUCAGAGAAGUUGACUGUUGCGGGAGAAGGAACAAUUCCCGGGAUGAGAAGGGAAUUCCAGUCAGAAGAAUACAGGAAGCCAAGGCCAGCACCUGGAACAUGGAGAAGUCAGGGAGAAUUACCAAGAUCUUCAUUACACAUCUUCAUGGAGACCAUUUCUUUGGCCUUCCUGGCCUCCUGUGCACAAUAAGCCUGCAGAGUGGCUCCAUUGUCACCAAACAGCCUAUUGAAAUCUAUGGCCCUAUAGGACUUCGGGACUUUAUCUGGCGAACCAUGGAGCUCUCUCAUACAGAGUUGGUGUUUCCUUAUGUGGUCCAUGAACUGGUGCCUACAGCAGAUCAGUGUCCAACAGAAGAGCUAAAAGAAUUUUUACAUGUGGAGAAAGCAGACAGCACUACUAAAGAGGGACAAGGAAGAACUAUCCUGUUAGACUUAGAAGAGAACUCAUACCUUCUGGUUGAUGAUGAACAGUUUGUUGUAAAAGCAUUUCGCCUCUUUCACCGAAUUCCCUCCUUUGGGUUUUCAGUUGUGGAAAAGAAACGCCCAGGUAAACUCAAUGCACAGAAGCUAAAAGAUCUUGGUGUUCCGCCAGGUCCUGCCUAUGGGAAGCUGAAAAAUGGAAUUUCUGUUGUUCUGGAAAAUGGGAUUACAAUUUCUCCCCAGGAUGUCUUAAAAAAGCCUAUUGUUGGAAGAAAAAUCUGCAUAUUGGGUGAUUGCUCUGGAGUUGUGGGUGAUGGAGGAAUGAAGCUAUGCUUUGAUGCAGACCUGUUGAUCCACGAGGCAACCUUGGACGAUGCCCAGAUGGACAAAGCAAAGGAGCAUGGCCAUAGCACACCACAGAUGGCAGCAGCAUUUGCAAAGUUGUGCCAUGCAAAGAGGCUGGUUCUGACUCACUUCAGUCAGAGGUACAAACCAGUUGCCUUGGCCAGGGAAGGAGAAGCAGAUGGCAUUGCAGAACUGAAAAAGCAAGCAGAAUCAGUGUUAGAGCUCCAAGAAGUGACUCUAGCAGAAGAUUUUAUGGUGAUUGGCAUUCCAAUCAAGAAAUGAAACCAGUGUUCCUGAAUACAUAUUAACAUGUCUGUGAAUACGUUGCCAAACCUACAGUCCAGAUUUUUUUCUUUUUUUUUUGUUUGAAAUUAUUUUGACCCUAAUAAUCCUGAAAGGAUUGGAGCAGCAUUGCUGAACUGACUCUGCAGUAAGAAAGAGCAAGCUUUUUGAUAAUUAAUCAUUUUUUUAAAGAUAAAAAACAUCCAGUAUCCUUCUUGAAGUGCAAAUUUGACAAAAUGAUAGAUUUUUCAAAUAAACUCAUUUUGUGGCUCCUGCCACAAAUGCAAGCCAAUACUCCACUAAAUCUUGGGCCUCGUUCUGCCCAUCUUUAUUGCUGUUAUUGAUAAAGUGCAUAGGAGGCUAAAAAUGGUAUUUUGGCGUUUUGUGUUGAAUCUAUUCAUGUUCCUCACAGAAUACAGAGAAAUGUCAUGAGACUUUGGAUAUGUGGUAGCAACAAUAGCAUGAUAAUGGCUAUGUUAGAAUACUGAAUCAGGAUUGAUCUGGGAGUUUGUUUUAGUAUUUUAUUGAACUUUCUGAUUUGCGCUUAACCUAUGGUUCUUAGCUGCGUGCUCCCCUAGGAAUUUAGAAAUUGUGGGGGUGCAUUCUUGUCAUAGGAUUGAGGGAUGGUGGUGGUGCUGUUAUUUAGUCAACAGGGUCAGGGAUGCCAGAUGUCCUACAAAAUUUAACUUAGUCCCUUAUAAUAAAUAAUUCUCUCUAGCUGGUCAUGGUGGUGCAUCCUGCAGUCCCAACUGCUCAGGGAGGCUGAGUUGGGAUUGAAGCCAGACUAAUAAUGUAGUGAGUCCCUAUCUCAGUGUAAAAUAAAAAGGUACUGGGGUCGGUGAUUUAGUUCAAUGGCACCACACCAUCCUUGCAAGCACAAGGUCCUGAGUUUGAUCCCCAGUACUGAAAAAAAAAUAAAGGCAACAGGGAUGUAUGUCAGAGGUAGAAUUCUUGCCUAGUAUGCAUGAGACCCUGGGUUCAAUCCCUAGUACCACCAAAAAGAAAAAAAAUCAUCCCAAUAUGCAAAUUUCAGGCCUUUUGAGAUAUACAACAAGUUAAAACUUAUACUCCCAAUGUGAAUAUGCUUUACCAAAACUAGUGAUAUGUAGUAGGUUGAAUUACUAUGUAAAUCAUGUCCUAGAAAAGAUCCUAAUAUGCCAGAAUUGGAAUUCCAUAUCAAAUAUUAUUUGAAAUAAAUGAUUCAUCAAGCAAAGCUUAUGAAUUUAGAAGUAAAAAUGGCAUCUUAUUAAACCAAGGUUUAAUUUACAUGCCCCUAUUAAUAAUUUUUUGAGCACAGUUUUAAAAAAUAUCUUCUGGGCAUGUUGGCACAUCCCUUUAAUCCCAGCACUGAGGAGGCUGAGGUAGGAGGAUCACUUGCUCUGGACAGCUUUGUAGUUUAACGAGCCUGUCUCAAAAUAAAAAAGGGCUGAGGGUGUAGCUCAGUGGUGAGGCCCUACGUUCAAUCCUUAGCACCACAGUUUAUGGAGAGAGAAAGAAGAGAGGGCAGAGAAGGUGGGGUGUCGGGGGUGGAUUCUAGAGUAGCUUUUCCUUCAGAGCUGUCUUCUGCCUCCUUUCUGUCUGCCAUGGGAUCGCUGACUCACUUGCUUCACAGUAUUUCUCAAAUACGUUCCAUGGAAAUAAGUGAAGACUCAUGGAUUUGCUCAGAAGGGCUCCCUAAUCAAGUCAGUUUGAGGAAACACUGUAUACUGUGUGUUCCUCUGGGCUUAUGCCCAUGAACAUAUUAAAGUAUUGUUUGGAAUGAUCAUAAACCACGCUUUGUGCCAGAAAGCCUGGCUUUUAGAGUUCCACUCAGUACCUUAUAGUGGUACCUGUGUGCUCUGGAACAGGUACUUACUCUCUCAUAGCUUCUUCAACUUCUUAUCUGCAAAAUAGAAAAAAGAAUAAAACCUAAUUCAUAGCCUGUUGUGAAAAAUAUACAAAAUAAUGCAUAUAAGGAAUGCAGAACAAUGCAAAAGGCCUGUGCAGCACAUUGAGAAAAGUCCUACAGUACAGAGGCCCCUCAGCUCUACAGAACCCCUUUCUGUAUGUUAACAUCACAAAAACGUAAGGAACUUUGCAGUACACAUAUUUAAAAACAUUGUCAGAGCGUGUACUCUUACAUUCCUUUGGAUUCUGAGGUUCCUUUGCUCAAAGUUUUUGAUUCCUGGCUGGUUGUAGAGACUGCAUGGUAGUGAUGACCAAGAGAGCUCUGAUCACUUGAGUUCUCAGUCAUCCCAGAAUGGUCAGAUUCUGACUCUAGUCUCUUUGCCUCCAAAUUGCUCAAAUUUGACCAAACUUAAAAGUAUGCCUUGGGCUGGGGAUUGAGUUCACUGGCACCGCACUCGCUGUGCCUGCCUUGAAAGCACAAGGACCACAGUUUGAUCCCUAGUACCAAAAAAAAAAGUAUGUCUCAGUUUUCAAACUCAAUUUAAAUGAGCAUUAAUUAGAAAUUACUGUAUUUUCCAAAUGUACAAGACAGAUGGAACGGUUAGGACUAUAGUAGCUCCAUUGCUUAGCACUCUUAAGUGAAGAGACCGUGUCUUGGUCCCUUUACUUAGAAAUGCCCAUGUAUAGUGAGCGCUCAGAAAUUUUUUU